AUUCCCUAAAACAUAGGUAGGAGGGUUGACUGUUGAGAAGCAAGAUCCAGUCCACAUAUAGAGAAAUCCGUGUACCAUACCGCCGCUAGAUUUUACAUAUACAAACACCAAAAAAUACGCGCAUCCCUUCUUUCUGUUGGAUUAGAUUAGAUCUUCCUUUCUAUUCUAUUCCUAUUUCGUAGCGUUAUUAUUAUUCCUUAUUAUUACCACCAUUUUUUCAACACCUUCAAUUUCUUCAUCAACCACCACCAUGCCUCCUCUUCAUCACCAUCAUGCCGAUCCAGAACCUAAACCAAACCCUAAUCUCCUUUCCCUCUUCCUCAAACCAAUCAUCAUGCUCCUUCUCACAUCCCUCUUCUUCCUCUUCCUCGGUUUCGCCGCUUUUCUUCUCCUUAAUCUCUUCCUCCUCGCCGGCGCACUUCACCGUCUCCGUUUCCGUCCUACUCCAACUCGCCGUCUUCAAUCUCCUUCCGACGCUUUUCUCCCUCACGAAAUCAACAACCUACCUAAUUUCCGUGUCAAAGGAUCCGUACCCGUACCCGGACCCGAUUCACGAUGUGCUGUUUGUUUGGAUGGUUUUCGUAAUGGUCAAUGGUGUCGAAAUCUCGCUGCGUGUGGUCAUGUUUUUCAUCGUAGAUGUAUUGACACGUGGCUUCUUAAAGUUGCCACGUGUCCUACUUGUCGUACACCGGUUCGAUCUAAACCCGAACCACCUCAAUGUUCGGUUUUAGAAGAUGAUGAAGGUUCUUCGCAAAUUUGGAAUUGCUCUAAUAAUAAUUCCAAUGGUUUCACCGUUUUAUAGCUUGCAUCAAAGUGAACUAUUGUCUUGCCACUAAAUACGAUGCUUUAGCAGCUAUCCCUCUUUGAGUUGUCGGAUGAAGUUGUUUUGAAGGGUAAUACUCUUGUUGCGACUUGCGAAUAUAGUCCGGUCCGGUCAAUAAAUUUCUAGCAAUGUGAAGAAGGUCUCUAACUUGUUUGGGUUUUUCGUAGCAUGCAUUUGAAGAGUCUUAUAAUAGGACCAUAUUGCCUUGAGGGUUGACUGCCACGGUCUCAUUUUCACGCUCUGAUGGUCUCAACCACCGUGCCUCCUCUUCCCACUACUUCACACUACAACAUUUUUGGCUUUAGAUCAGACUGUAGUUGUCCACGCCUAAAACAAAGUGGUCUAAAACAAGAAUGGGCGACAGUUAAGAAUUGUAGCAUAUAAUUUACCUAUCAUGUACGCUUUCUGCCUUACAUUAAAAACUGUCUCUUGUUCCACAAUUAAACCACGGUUAAAAAUUGUUGAUGCUUCUGAUCAUACAAAAACAUGGCCUAUAACACUUUAGACACUUUAAUGUUUCUAACCACACACUUAAGUGUAGUCUUAAGAUUUUAAAGCCACACAUAAUAACUGCCGCCUAAAGAUAUACAGCUUAAACACAUGUGUAAUAGAUGACCAAGGUAAAUUAUUGAGCGGUUCUUUUAAUUUCAGACUAAAAAAAUAUGAAUUAAAUUUAAUUAGAAAAUAUAAGCAUACACAACCUUCAAAAAAAUAAAUUGAAUUCCUUUCAUCCUCUAUAAGCAAAAUCCUUAAAUUGGUGUGACUUUAAAAUCCCAAAAUCCCUUUCAUUCUCAUUCAUUGUAAAUUACUGAAUCACUCUUAAUCCCUUUCAUUCUAAUUCGCAUUCCUUCCGAAAUUCCUUUCAUUUGGUCACCACCACCACCAUCGAGUUUUCAGUGGUCCUCUACCACCACCGAAGGCUUCUUAGCCAUCCAAUCUAACAUCUUUGCUUCUUCCAUUUUACAUGAAUUUCAUGUAGUUCGUAUAGGUUGAAAAGGGGGUAGUGUGGGGGAAGAACUUGUUGAAUUGUUGUUGUUGUUGUUGUUGUGUGUGGGUGAGAAAGGGGGAAGAUUUUUUAUUUUAUGAGUUUUUGAGUAAGUUGAUGAAGAUCUUAAUGAUAAAGAUUAAUGAAGAAAUUGAUGAAAAUGAUGAAAAUCAUUUUUUGUUUAAGGAAGCUUUUUAGAGUCGGAGACUAUUUUAAGACUAUUUUUUUUUUUUUAUGUGAGUCGAAUACUACUAUAUACUAUGAUAGCGAAAUACGCAUUCAAAGACCAAAAUAGUAGUUUUCCCAUUAAAAAUUCCUCUUGCUAGAUUCUCAUGUGAAACUAAUUUUUUAUUUUAAUUAAACCCCAACUAAAAAUAAAAAAAUGUACUCUUAAUAUUUUUUGGUACAAUAUUAUCAAAAAAUUUGGUCCAGAUAGAUAUUAGUAUAUUACAUUUUACUUGACGAAAGAAAAAAAAAAGUAUUUUUAUUAUUAAUUUUUAAUUUAUUUUCCCCACCCACCAAAGAUGAAAACCUAAAGAUCAUCAUCAUCUUCCUCCUCCAUGAUCCGCCGUCAACACUGAGAGUGAGAAUGUGCGAUGCAGCCACUCUCUGCCGCUUUUUCACCCCAUUCAAAAUCCUAUUCAACUCACUCACCAUUCUCUCUACCAACAAACUCAUUUUCACAUCAAUCUUCCUUCUCACAACUCUCCCUCUCUCCACUCUCUUAAUCUAUCAAUCCAUCUUCACCCAACAACUCACCAUCCAAAUUCGCCACCUUGAAGCCCUCGCUCACUUCGCUUCAACACAAUUCGAAGCUCGUCACGUUUGGCAUGAAUCUCGUGACGACGCUAUUUUCCUUAUUCGUAUUAAAGCCCUUUUCUCUUUCCCCGCUUAUUUCAUCUCCCUAAUCGCCACUCUCUCCGCCGUUCAUUCUUCCCUCUCAGCCACCUCCCAUGGCAUCACCCCCACCGUUAAUUCCACUAUCAACUCCUUUAAACCUAACAUCAUGCGGUUAUUCGUAACCUCCAUCUUCGUCUACGCUAUUCUCUUCGCUUUUUCAUCUUUGCCUCUCUUCUUAACCGCACUCACCGGAUCGCAUAUCGUCGUUCUUGUAAUCGGAUCGGGUAUCGAGGUUUACUUGAUGGCGGUUUUGAGCGUUGGACUGGUGGUUUCCGUCGCUGAAGAGAGAUUCGGGUGGGAUGCGAUUAAAACCGGAUCCGGUUUGAUGGAGGGAAACCGGUUUUGCGGGUUGGUUCUUUCGGGUUUAUUUGUUUGGGUUUCGAGUUUGAUCAGAUCGAGGAUGAUUGGGAAAUUGAUGGACGGUGAGGAUUCGUCGAUGAGUUUUGAAGAUAAAUUGGUUAUUAUAGUUUGUUAUGGAUUUGUGAUUCUAUGGAGUUAUGUGAUAAUGAGUGUUUAUUACUAUGAGUGUAGAAAACGGCAUCCAAUUAAGGAACCUCAUCUCCAAUUAGAUGAUGAUGAUCAAGAAAAUCAACUCUCUGUACUAUAGUAAUAUAGGAGUACUCUGUUUUUGUGUUGUGUUGUUUAUGUUAUAUUUUUUUUAUUAAGUUGUAGAUUUUUUUAUUUUAAGUUAAAAACUAAGCAGCUUCCUUGCUAA